CAUGUGGUCUCCAACAGCAACAGCAAAGUUUACUUGAGCGUCUUCGGGCGAACACCACUGCCAUGAUUGAUGGUAUGUAGACAUCGAAAGGCUUACGUUUUGGAGUCAUCUCGGAGGAAGUGCUAGGGAAGAAACAGAUAUCAAGACAACAGUUUACACGCUGGUCGUUAUCGGCGGACAAGCCCAGCCUCGCUUGUAUUAUAACGGCAUGAUAGUCAGUUUCUCCAGAGCAGCGUUCUUUCCUUCAGCUUAGACCCGAACCGAACAAAACACCAUGGAGUACAACCACGGAGUCGUCUACAAGCCAGAGAAUGUCGAGAAGACUGUGUAUACUCUUGAUGAGGCCCUCAGCAACGGCUUCAAAUACGUUCGCAUCUACUGGGCUGACUUGGCAAAUACCCGACGUUGUCGUUUACUUCCUAUCAAGUACUUUCAGAAACUUAUCCAGUCCAAUCGACCUGGAGUCAACAUCGCAAACGUCGCCAUCGGUCUAAUCUACCUCAUCACCCCACCAGGUUUCUUGUCUAUCGGGGAGUACAUUUACGCCCCAGACCUGUCCACAUUGCGCCCUUUGCCUUUCGCACCAGGACAUCUUGGUGUGCUCGGGCACCUUGAAGAGAAAGCGCCCUAUACUGGACCAGACGGCAAAUUGACUGUGCACGUACCACUAUGUCCGCGUUCGUUAUUGAAACGCGUGGUCGAAGACGCGAAAAAGAACUACAAAACCGAUUUUCUUGUCGGUUUCGAAACCGAAUUUAUCCUUCUCUCCUCCACCCGCCCAGUUGUAGCUUCCAACAUUCACCAAUGGUCAGCUUCAGAUGGCAUGCUCGCUGGAUCUAAAGAGGCUACUCUUCUAGAGGAAAUCGGCGACGCAAUGGAAGCUUCAGGCCUUUCGCUCCAAAUGCUUCACCCAGAGGCCGCACCAGGACAGUACGAAGUCGUAUCAGGACCUCUCGAUCCCCUCGAUGCAGCAGACCAAGUCGUAUUCGUUCGCGAGCUCGUAGUCAAUCUAGCCGCCAAACACGGCCUCCACGCGACCUUUGCUCCCAGACCAUACAUGGAUUCAACUGGCUCCGCAGCUCACAUCCAUCUCUCUGUCCAUCAAACCGGGGUCGAAAAAUCCAGAGGCGAGUUAUCGGUCGCCGAAUCCACCUUUUUAGCGGGGGUCCUUGAACAUCUCCCUGCAAUUCCGGCCAUUACUCUUCCUAUACCGGCUUCUUACAAGCGUGUGGUUGAUGGGGUGUGGAGUGGAGGAACGUACGUUCAUUAUGGUACUGAAAACCGUGAAGCCCCCAUUCGUUUGACGAAUGCGAGUUCGCCUCAGGCGAGGAACUUUGAGUUGCGGUUUAUUGAUGCGACGGCAAACCCGCAUUUGGCAUUGGCGGCGAUCAUUGGUGCAGGUUUGACUGGGAUCAAGGAUCAAAAAAAGCUGGAGAUUAAGGAUGUCCGGGGACCCAAAUGUGCGUGGCAGAUGGAUGAUGAGGAACGGAAGGCUUUGGGUAUCACGAAGAGGAUGCCUUUGAAUAUCGAGGAGGCCAGAACAAAUUUGGAGAAAAGUUCAGUUAUGAAGGAGGUUUUGGGGAGUGAGUUUGUUGAAAAGUAUUUGUUGGUCAACAAGACGCUGGGAGAUGCCUUGUCGAACCAGGGAGAGAACGAGGAGAAAGAGCUCAGCCGAUUGGUCGAAUUUUAUUGAUAAUCUUCCUCAGCUGAUGUCUGGUUGCUUGUAGUAUGUACCCUCCUUGAGUCACAGAAGACCAAGGCAAAAUCGGAAAGACCGGAGAACGAUUAUGUUUGGGGGAGAACCGCGUUCAAACUGGAUCAAUGCUGGAUGACUGACACAAGUCCUUUCUUGCUCUAUUAACACAUGCACAGACGUCCCGGGUCAUUUGUAUUAAACUUCCUUGGACUUCUCCGACAAUAUUAUUACAAGCUUAUGGACCCGGCCCUUUGUGCCGAUUUUUUUGCAGAUGCUUACAUGCAAUAAGUUAAUAAUACCA